UAUCGUUCCAGUAUUGUUGUACCCGGAUUGACCUCAGUCGGUGUUGACCACAAUGAGCGCUGACGCUGUGACUGCGACCUGUGUGGCUAUCCCCGAGAAAGGCGACGAGGAACUGAUGGAAUUCUCCAGAGUGCCGCGAGAAAACAAUGCCAUGAUGGAGGACAAACGGUCGUGGAAGGAGGCGGAGGAAGGUAGCAGUGUGAAUGGAAGCGGAAGUGUACAAUCACAGUCCUGUCUACGACGGAACCUGUUUAUGCUGCUCCUGUCUGCUGGUAUCGUGGUGGGUUUUGUCAUUGGUGUACUGGUCAGGUCAGCACGGCCUGGUGAUGACAUCGUCAUGUGGUUAGGUGCGUUGGGAAGUCUCAACUCCCCCCUCCCAAACCAAAGUGUGUUCAUCUCUCCCCAAAUGAUUGUUUCUGUCUAUUUGUCCUGCUUUUUAAACGUACAAAGUGACCAUUUUGUGUUGUUUUUCAAUUUCUGUCUAUCUGUCUUUCUUUCCCCUGCACGUAACUUUUUUGUAUGUAACAGAGCUGUAGACAUAGUGUUGACUUUAACUAUGGUGUCAUCGCCAGGAACAAUUUCGUCUCGAGAUACCAGUACCAAAGUUGACACGAGGAAUCUUCAGACUGUCGACAUUGUCGCGGAUUUCAUUCGCAAUCUGUUCCCGUCCAACAUCGUUCGUGCCGCCAUCUCCCAGUCCCAGACAAAAUACAAAGAGGUGGAAACUCUGUCUGUGGUCAACGUGUCCGGAGUGAUGACCAACGUCACAGACACAGUGCUGGUCAAGUCCCUGGGAAUGACGUCCACUACAAAUUUGCUGGGUCUGAUCAUCAUUUGUGCAGCUCUUGGUAUUGCAGCUUCCCAGUUGGGCAGGAAGAGUGAGCCAAUGGUUGCUUUCUUCAGGGCCGGCGCCUCCGUCAUAUUCAAGCUUUUUGACUGGAUCAAGUGGUCCAGUCCAGUAGGCGUGGCGAGCCUGAUCGCCAGAGCCCUGAUCAGUAUAGACGACCUGGCGGAAGGGUUCACCUCUAUGGGACUAUUUCUACUGGCAACAAUGGUGGGUGGCCUGGUGUACCAGUUGGUUUUCCUGACAGGCCUGUAUCUGCUGCUCAUCAGACGGAACCCGAUUACCUUCCUGCUUAGUCUGGCGAGACCAUGGCUCAUCUCAGUUGGCCCUCCCAGCUCACUGAUUGUCUAUCCUGAGAUAAUGGAGAUUGCCAUACACAAGUACAAGGUCGACCCUCGCGUGCCUGGCUUCGUCCUUCCUUUUUGUACGACCCUCAACAGAGACGGCAGUUGUUGCUUUAUCGUGACCACCUGUCUGUUUGUGGCACAGUUUGCUGGGACAGAGCUGACCGCUUCUCUGUGUCUACUCACUGGAGUAGGUGGCUUGAGUUUAAUUUUGUCAUUAGUCUUACAGAUCUCACCCAAAGUAAAGCGAGGAAGAUGCACCAUUGGAAGCGAAAAGAAAUGUCAACCUGCAUAUCAGUUUGUUUGUUUGUUUGAGUGUAUGUUUGUAUGGUAUUUCAGCCUGCUGUCAAUCCUGUCUUCCCUGGCCAUCCCGAGCGUCCCUAGCGCCAGUGUCGUCGCCGUCUUGUUGAUCCUGGGCUCUCUGGGGAUUCCCCCUGUCAAUAUUGGCCUCAUUUUGGCUGUAGAGUGGAUGACAGAUCGUUUACGUACCACCACCAACGCUGUGAGUCACAUGUUGGCUGUCCUGGUCACAUGGGAGUUCACCAAGAAACAUUUGCAGGGGAAGACCAAGGACGAGGAACAGCCGAUAUUGACUGAUGCAGUCCAAUCAACUAGUCCGAAGAACAACCUCUGAAGGAGGUUGCUAUUGGUGCUAUGCGUUUUGAUCGGAAAUAGUACACGUGUUCUGACGGGAAAUGGCGUGUGAAUGUAUUUUGAUGGUGAAUGGUGAAUGUGUUUUGAAGGAGAAUGGUGGAUGUGUUUAGCAGGAAUGGUGCACGGUUGUUUUUUUUGGGUUCU